AGGGAAAGCUAAGGCGAAUCGUGACGAAGUAUUUCAGCGAUAGCGAGAAACAUGUCUAUGAACAAAGUCAUUUGCUCCAAUGGGCGGCUUACUCUUCAUGGGGACUAUGUGAUAUAUCACCACGAUGGCGUCGAAUUUGCUCUGGAAGGCGACGAAAUCCCUGGAUUUUUGAAAGGGUCAAAGAAAGGCAAUAUCUUUAUUACCACUCAGAAAAUCAUCUUUGCCCCUACAACUGGAUGCAACUAUGGAUCAUUUUCAGUGAAUUUCCAUAGCAUUCGAAAUGUUGAGGUCAAACAACCCAUGUUUGGUGCAAAUUAUGUCAAGGGGGAUGUAAUUUCUGAGGCAGAUGGAGGUUGGCAAGGUAGAGGAACCUUCAAAGUAACCUUCAAUAGUGGUGGAGCUAUAGAAUUUGCAGAACACUUCAGACAUGCUGUUACUAACGCCCGUAGGCCUGGAUCUCACCCUCCACCACAAGCACCUGGACAGCCAGUGAUAAUGAAUGGAGGCAGUAUGUACAACAAUAUGUACCCAGCUCAAGCUGGCUAUUAUGGAGCCCCUGGACAAGCAUUUUACCUGCCUCCGCAAUAUGCAGGAUAUGCAACCUAUCCACCUCCAGUUGGUGUAAUGGGUCAACCUCCACCAUAUCAACCCCAGGAAAAUCCCCCUCCUUACCCAGGACAAGCUCCACCCUCUGCACCCCCUCCUACUGAUGGCCAUUUUAAUUAUUCCUAUGGAGAUGCAAAAGCAAGAGAAGUUUAUAGCACUGGACAAAAUGUAUAUGUACCAGCCCCUCAGGCUCCACCUCCCUAUGCACCACCCCCUUACAAUGACAAGAAGAAUGAUUGACUGAAAAUAAUGGAAUCAUGGAACAGAAUAUUUGUUAAAAUCUCAUAAAUUAAGUAAAGUUUCAUGGCUAAUUCCCAGACACUUGCGGGGACCAUAGUGCUACAUAGUAUGGUGAACGUCCUUGCAAUUGAUAAGUGAAUUUGUAUUUACUUCAUGAUAUUGUAAAAUUGAACGAGGUAGUCAGAUUGUUUAUUAAUAAGGUAUACCGUCUGGUGUUGAUUUUGUGAUGUUUAUAAGUUCAAUAGUCCAAAGCACAAUAAUCCCGGAAAAUUUCUCCUUAUUAUAGAAAAUUUACAGUGCUCAAAAUUAGGAAAAAAUCCAGGUUGCCCUUGGGGCAAAUGCCAGACAACCAAGCCCCUGACUUUGGUUGCACUGAUGUGAACUUGGUUACCCUUAACAUUUUCAAAGCAGCAAUCCGACAUUGCCCACAAAUGCACUCAGGCAUGAUGUCAAGCCCUUCGGCUACUUGUCAGCAGUUAGUCGCAGGAGAUAAAUCCCAGUUAGGUCAUGUGUAGUUUCAAAAGAAUCAAUACUCUACAGUAGUAUUGAUAAUUUUCUAUCCAACCUCGGUAUCGCUGGUAUUGAAUAUUUGGUAUUGGUAUCAGCCCAUCUUUACUUAUUGAAUUGAGUGAACGGCGUUAAUUAAUUAUCACAACCUUCCUGUGUGGAUCCACCUGUCAUUAUCAGAAGAUAAACCUCACAUUUUAGGCUAUUUUUGUGUCUCAAGUUCAUAGCUUCUGUUCUUUAUUCUGUUAGGCAUCACAGUAAUGUAAGUACUUCGAUUUUUCCUGGGUUGUCCAGUGAAUUCUUCUUGGGCAACCUGCCCUUUAUUUUUCCUAAAAUCUGGUUACCCAAACAAAGUUUUAGUUGUCUCAAGCAAUUGGGCAACUGCUGAUUUAGAGCACUAAAUUUAAAUAAAAAGUGACAACAUUAAAUUGUAAAAAGACUGAUUCAGAGGAGUGCUUUUCAAGCGAUUGUCAUCAAACUUAGACCAAAGUGCAUAGUCACAUCAGCCAAUCAGAAUAAAAGUAAUAAAAUGUUAUCUACUUCAAGCAUA